CUCCUGCGCACAUCCUCCCGACCCACGAAGCCGCCGCCACCUCCGCUGCCGUCCCAGCCGCUCCGGUCGCACCAUGUCUUCGCCUCCCGAGGAGAAGCAAGCGACGAAAGCUGGACACCCGCCCGCUGUGAAAGCUGGUGGAAUGCGAAUUGUGCAGAAACACCCGCAUUCUGGAGACACCAAAGAAGAGAAAGACAAGGACGAGGAGGAGUGGGAGACCGAGCCCAGCCCGCCUAAACCCACCGUGUACAUCUCCGGUGUCAUCGCCCGGGGCGACAAGGACUUCCCCCCGGCGGCCGCCCAGGUGGCUCACCAGAAGCCCCACGCCUCCAUGGACAAGUACCCGUCCCAUAGAACCCAGCACAUCCAGCAGCCUCGCAAGUGACCGCGAGGACCCAGCGCCCUCCCCUGCCCUGCCUGGUUCCUGACAUUUGGUAUUUCCCCGGCAAAGAGAACUGCAUUUUCUUCCAAACACUUUUCCAUGGGAGAUCUAAGGCAAAGCAAUGCGCCCUUCCUUUGCCUUACAUUUCCAAUCAAAGCUAGAAACAGACCCCAAACCUUGUUCCCAGGGAGUCCUGUUUGGUGAGGGGCCGUUAGCAGAACCUGCCGAGUUCUGAGCAAAAUGAAGUUGCUUAGAGUUUAGCUUUAGAACUAUUUGAGCCAUUGACUAAAAGUCCUGCCUGUGGUCUUAAAAACAAAAGGGCACAGAUGUGGGAGGAUUGGAUUGACAUUAGGAGGAAAGCUCAAUCGUUUUAUGCUUCUGAGCACUAGGACAAUCAAAUCUGCACACCUAAGGGAGCGUAUGAAAUGAGGGUGUUCAUUACGGGGGUGGGUUUCAGAAAGACAUCAAGGAAGACUUAAAACGGACCACAGCAGCCCUGAAUGUCACUCCCUGUGCGACCAGGGGUCCCUGUGCAGGGCGAC